AAUGGCGGCGCCCAUAGGAAGAAACUCUUGAUUAGAAUUUACAAAAUGAGUGGUAAAAGAGCGCAUAUUGACAUUGAUCCUGAUUAUGAAGAUGUGACAGAUCAACAAAAUAAAAGACAAAGAGUUCUGGAAAAAGAUGCCAAAGAGGCAGCUGUGAAGAAAAUAGAGAGUAUUGUUAAGACCCAGUUUGGUAUUGAACUACAAAAAAAAGAACAUGAAGUCAAUAUGGUUGAUCAGAGAUUAUGUCAAGCCAGGUUGAUGAUGGAUAGAUUAAGAGCUUGUAUUGUUGCGAACUUCUAUGGUUCUAUUGACCAACAGAAAUACUCUUUAAAAUCAACAACAGUACAGUCUUCCAUACAUCCUGCUGUCAAGUCUCAUCUAGGUAAAACUGUUAAAGGGACACCAACACCACAGCCAAGUCACACUCUAACUUCUAGUGAUGUACAAAAUGCUCCCCAGGAUUCCCCUUUAAUAUCAAAGAUGGAAGAUAUACCUAAGACCAUUGAAUUAAAAUCAUCAAAUAAUACUACAACAAAACCUGUAACCAAUGAACAUGAGUUGAGAGAUUCUCGUUUUAAAAUCAAGAAGAGAAUUAUCAUUGGUAAUGUAGCAAAAUAUAUACCAGUAGAGAAAAGGGAGACCAAUGAUCAGUCAACACAUAAAUGGAUGGUGUAUGUUCGAGGACCUAAAGAUAAACCAAAUAUUAAUGGUUUUGUUAAAAAGAUUUGGUUUUUCUUACAUCCUAGUUACAGGCCUAAUGAUCUAGUGGAGAUAUGUCAACCACCAUUUCAUCUAACAAGAAGAGGAUGGGGAGAAUUUCCUAUUAGAAUACAACUCCACUUUGCAGAUAGUCGCAAUAAAAAAGUGGACGUAAUACAUCACUUAAAGCUUGAUAGAACAUAUACAGGUUUACAAACAUUGGGUGCUGAAACAGUUGUUGAUGUUGAACUUGAAAGAGAAGAGUUAACUGAUGUCAGUAUUCCUAAAUCUGUCACAAGUUGCUCAACAGAUUUAAACAUAAAUAUCUCAAAUCUCAACAAAAAUACCUGUCUUAGUGACUCUCGUGAUGAAAUAACAAAAACAAAUGACAAUGAAAAUAAUAUUUUGGCAGUACAAAAUGGUGUUGUUUCAAAACAAGAUGUAAAUCACACAAUUAUGCAUUCCCCAAUGAAACGAACUGAAAUUAAGAAAGAAUUAGUGAAUGGCAAUAACCUAGAAUCUCAACAAAAGAACUCAGUUACACUUGAUAUAAAAUUAACGCCAAAUACUCCUAUACAGAAAUCAACAGUUCCAUCAACAAUUAGCGACACCAAACCAACUCAGGGUCAGACAAUUUAUUUAAGGUGUAAGGACACUAAAGGCAAUAUACUUUUAGUUCCCAAAACAGUCAUUAACAACAAUAAUAAGCCAGUCGCUCAAAAAGCCAAUCAAAUGACAUCUUUCAGGAUUAGGUCCCCGCCUGCCAGUCCAAGUAGGGCUCAAAAUAAUGACACAAAAAGCUUAUUAGUUCAACAAAAAGCUCAAGUUAUAAAUCCAGUGAAGCCAAAAGUGUUUACUGCACCUCCAAAACCUAGUGUUCAGUUAGUAGUGACUUCUAAGGGUUUACAAAUACUACCUCAGACUUCUACCGUAAAUAGCAUCACUACACCUCAAAAUACGCUAAAAACACAAUCGUUAUUGACGUUAAACAAACCUAAUUCUUCAUCGUCUAAACCAGUUUCCCUGUUAUUGAAUCAUGGCAACCCUCUAUCUGUGAAUACACCCAAGUUACAAAUUACCAAAGAUGGAUUGAUAAAUGCUUCAACAAACAGUAAACAAAAUGUCCCACUCGUACAAAAUAGGAAUCAAAAAUCAUUAUUGGGCAAUACGACUUUGUCAGUUUCCAAUCAAAAAUUAACAGUUUCUAAACCUCCUGUGUCCAAACCAUCCCCUUCAGUUAUGCUAGCGAGUGUUGGAUCUAAAACCUUUUUGUUGCAAGUGAAGGGAGAAGAUCAACUCAACCAAUCACAGACUGCAGCACAUCAUGUGAAACCGAAUUUAACAAUUACCAAUCAGAAUCUUGGUAACAAAGUUUAUUUCAACAAUCUUCAGAAGUCAGUCACUGUCAGACAACAAUUAAAUGAAAGAAAGAAAAAGGAGGAGCUCUUGAAUAGAUUAAAUUGUGAUUUUGAACCUAUACCAGAAAAAAGAACUCAUGUAUGGAAAAAGAAAACAAAGGUCGAAGAAACAAUAAUAGACCCCCUUAGAUUAGAUGACUACAAUGAUAUCAUUUCAUUAAUAAAAGCUGCUGUUAAAAGACAUCCCCUAGUCAAACAAGGAAUAGAUCGUUAUACACAUCCAUAUUGUGCCUAUUCUUAUGAACACUGGUUAGGUUGGAAUAUUGGCAAGAGAAGAGCUUCAGAGUGGCAAAGAGCAUCAUGUGUUAGAAAAUUUAUAAUUUCAAGUUUGAAAGGAGAUGUGUUUAAAGGGAAACAACUCUGGUCAACUAAACAGAUUAUGUUUUGGUGUAGACUACAUGCAUUCAGUCCACAUUAUUUAGAAAGAAAAGAAGAGAAAGUUAUAUGUGUUAAAACAGUUGAUAGAGAACAUAAAGCAGAUCUUGUUAACAGUUUAACAGAUAUUAAUGAAAUCAUAAUUCAAUUACCUCCAGAUAUCACAACAUCAGAUAAUAGUGAUGAUGAUAUAGAUAUAAUAAGUAUAGAAUCUCCACCAAAAAUAAAAGUUGAAGUAAAAGAAGAGAGAGUUUUAUCAAGAGAAGAGCCAUUGUUUCUACCUCCCUCUGAUCAAGCUAUAUUUAUACAAGAUACAUGUCAAAAGAUUGGUGUAAAAUUAAAACCUGUAGAUUUAGAAGAAAAUGUGUUUGGUUCAGUUUGUGAAGAUAUGAUGUUUAAUGCAAUGAAGAACUUUGCAGAAGACAUUUUAAGAAAAUCGUUUUCAUAUCAACAGGAAAGUGAUAAAAAAAAUGAUGGUACUAUAUGUGUUGAAGAUGUAUAUCAAGCUUUAUAUAAUACACCUGUAACAGAUUUUAUAACUAAUUCUCAUCUAGGUAUUAACCCUACAGAAACAUUUCCUUCAUUUAGAUGACAUAGGUUCAUAGUGCUACUCUUUUUUUUAUCACACUUUAUUUAUUAUACAUAUUGUCUCUCUGUGAAAUGUGCAUUCAUUUUGUAAUGUUAUCGACCAUUAGUUUUGGUAUUGACCAAUAGUUUUGCAGCUAUUAUUUUCAUAAUAAAAACUGUAUUAAGAUUGUCAGCCAUUGUCUUAUACUAACUGAUGUUUCAAAUCAUGAUUACAUAGAAAUUGAUAACUGUAUUUCCAUAAUCUGUAAGGCAAGAAAUUAAUGCAAGCUAGAAAUGAAUGUGUUAAAUUUGAGGUACAGAACAAGCACAUUCUACAUGCCUCAUGUACUGCAGGAUUGAUUGAUCAGCAACUGUUCUUUUAUUGAUAGUUCUAAUUAUAUAAGCAGGCUUAACGUAAAUUAUAAAGAAAAAACUAAUUGUAUUUGUAAAACUUAUUGAGUCGUGUUUCAGUGUUUUGUUUUUUGGCCCUAUAUGUGUGUGAAAACCUUUCUCUGAUGUUAAUGAAAUGAAAUGGGGUUUAAGAUCCUACUGUUCUGCUCAGACUUGGCUAAUAAAGAUGGCUGAUGUGCAGGAUGUAGGUAUAUAGAAUGUACCAUACAACCAGUCAUAUUUAAAAAAUAAUAAAAAUGAAAUAGUUUUAUCUGUGGGUGCAUUGUUUCGAAUACUGACUAGAGCCAAGAUGAAACUUUUCAAGAAUGACCUUCACUUUUCAUGACUGUUGCCUGUGGGGCUGACAAGGAAACUGUGCAUAGUGGAUGGGAUUGGACAAAAACAGGAGAUCCACCCAUGUAAACAUUGAGAUGCAUUUCAAAGAACCAGUAGAUAACAAUCAUUUAAUUAUCUGAUAUUUAAACUAGUGUCUUCUUUAUUCAGGAAACCACCCAAUUCAGGCCCUGUAUUAAUGUUUACUCCCUUUAGGAGGUCAAAAUAAUUUCACCAUGCAUUAAUUUCUUGUUUUACUUUGUUUAUUCUCCAUGUUCUUCUGUAUGUUCAGGUUCAUCUUUUAAAUGUUCUCCAAAUAAAUGAACAUUUAAUAUA